UAGGUGGACUUAGAGCCAGAAGGAAAAAUCCAUGUCAUUGUUGAGCUACAAUCUCAAGAAAAUGCCGCACAAAAACCACGUGAGUUUAAAGAAAGGCCUGGACUUAACCGUCGACGGGGUGCAAUGCGAAGACGUGUGCAUCAAGUUAAUGGACAUAAGUUUAUGGCCACAAUUCUUCGACAGCCAACAUUUUGUUCUCAUUGUAGGGAGUUUAUAUGGGGCUUAGGAAAACAAGGAUAUCAAUGUCAAGUCUGCACAUGUGUAGUCCACAAAAGAUGCCAUGAGUUUGUUGUGACUAAGUGUACAGGAAUGAAAGAUACCACCAAUGAUGAGAUUGGUGGUAGUCGUUUCAACAUCAACAUCCCACAUCGAUUUAUGGUACAUAACUACAAGAGGCCCACAUUUUGUGACCAUUGUGGGUCGAUGCUAUAUGGUCUCAUUAGACAAGGGCUUCAAUGUGAAGCUUGUAAAAUGAAUGUGCACAAGAGGUGCCAAAGGAAUGUAGCCAAUAACUGUGGAGUUAAUCCAAAACAGAUGGCUGAAAUACUGAAUGCCAUGGGAUUUUCUGGUGACAAGUUAACAAAGAGGAAAAAGAAGACCUCAAUUACUGAAUCUUGCAACAAACUAUUGCAUCCAAUCACAGAAAGAUCUUUGACUACACCUUUGCCGGGAACAUGUGAAGAACAAGAACUUUCUGGUAAUGCCACCCGUCUCGAGGUUCAAGCUGCUGCUGAGGAAUUUAAAAGGUUGUGUCUUCAGUUACCACAGGGAGGGAUUCUUCCUGUCGAUAGGUCUCCCAUAGGUGGAUCUAGCUCUAGUGAUGUAAUAUUUGAACAAUCGUACAGAACGGAAGAAUGGGACUCAAAGAAGUUUGGAUUGAGCGAAUUUACUUUCAUUAAGGUUCUAGGAAAAGGCAGUUUUGGAAAGGUUAUGUUAGGGGAGCGUAAAGGAACUGAUGAAGUGUAUGCUAUCAAAGUUUUAAGAAAAGAUGUUAUUCUUCAAGAUGAUGAUGUGGACUGUACAAUGACUGAGAAGCGGAUCCUUACUUUAGCAGCCAAACAUCCUUUUCUCACAGCUCUCUACUGCUCUUUCCAAACAGAGGAUCGUCUGUUUUUUGUCAUGGAGUAUGUAAAUGGAGGUGAUCUCAUGUUUCAAAUUCAGAAAGCCAGGAAAUUUGAUGAAGCUCGGGCAAGAUUCUAUGCAGCAGAAGUUACUCUUGCCUUAAUGUUCUUACAUCGACAUGGAGUGAUAUACAGGGAUCUCAAGUUGGACAACAUCUUGUUAGAUAGUGAAGGACACUGCAAGAUUGCAGACUUUGGAAUGUGUAAAGAAGGAAUCGCUGGUGGUGCUACAACGACAACAUUCUGUGGUACUCCCGAUUACAUUGCACCUGAGAUCCUGCAAGAGUUAGAAUAUGGUCCUUCUGUCGACUGGUGGGCUCUGGGUGUACUGAUGUACGAGAUGAUGGCAGGACAGCCACCAUUUGAAGCUGAUAAUGAAGAUGACCUCUUUGAGUCUAUCUUACAUGAAGAUGUUGUAUAUCCUGUUUGGUUGAGCAAGGAAGCCGUUUCUGUUCUCAAAGGGUUCAUGACCAAGAAUCCUGCUAAACGAUUAGGGUGUGUACCUUCUCAGGGUCUGGAGCAGGCAAUAUUAAACCAUAUAUUUUUCAAGGAAAUUGAUUGGGAUGCUUUGGAAAGCCGAAAAGUUAAACCACCUUUUAGACCGAAAAUUAAAACCAAACGAGACGUGAACAACUUUGAUCAGGACUUCACCAAAGAAGAUCCGGUGUUGACCCAAGUAAAUCCUGAUGUAAUCCGCACUAUCAACCAGGAAGAAUUCCGAGGGUUCUCUGUAGUGAAUGAAGAUUACUGUCCAAACAGAAAUAUGGUAGAGGGUCCUGCUACAUAGCAGUGGAGGCAUUAGGUCAGCUGGUCAUCAUCCAGACAAAAAUUGAGAACCUGCCUCAUUAUGCAUUUCCAUUUAAUCUUCUGUCCCUGUGGCAAGAAAAAAUAUUGGUGUAACUUCUUAGUCAUCCAUACAGUUCUCAGAAACCGUACAAUCUUCCGGAAAUUCCAAAAUGUUGUGUCACAAGUCCUCUGUAUGUGUUACCCUUCCUACUUAAAAGAUGCCGUUAUUCAUUUAAGGCCCUUCUUUUUUGAUUACUUCUUAAGUAUUAUCAUAAAUCAUGUGGAGUUGAAACUAAAUACGAAAAGUGGAAGAAUAAUCAUUGGGAUUCAUUAAUUGGCAUGUACUUCGUGGGAUAUUUUUGUUGUAAAUGAAACUUAAGUUAUUUUUUUGUUAUUAUUCACUGAGUAAGAAAUCCAGUUUGUUUUAAUAAGAAGAAUCUCACACAUUUUAAGAGACAUGGAAGAGUGAAUAAGAACAAGCCAUCUUCAUAUAUAUAUAGUUUUAAGUGAAAGGCCGUGCUCUGGAAAGUGACUUAUUCAAUUAUAUAGCAAAUUUUGUAAAAUGUGCUUGUUAACACAAUAUAAAAUAAAUCACAUAUGUUGGUUAUUAGCUCUGUAAUGUUAAGUUUUUUAUAAUUUUUAAAUUAUUUGACCUUAGAAAACGUAGCCAAAUAAAUCGUGUAUAUGAUUGUUGUCGUUAGAUUAUGCUGGUUACAGCAUUGGGAAGUGAUGUCAUCUUCCCAGCUUUUGUUUUUUAGUGUAUGUCUUAAUAAGUGUAAGUUUGUUGGAGUACUAAUAGAGCUGGAAGCAACAAAGAUUUGAACAUGGAAAGUGUUAUAAUUUAACAGUACUAGUCAGCUCAGAACAUAAUCAUUUUAUUUAUUUCUAACAUUAUCAUCUUUACCAAUAUGAAAUUUCAAUGGACUGUCACAUUUAGAAUGCCACAACUAUGCUGUCUAGUCAGAAGUUUUCUUUAAAGAAUUAUUCAGAACUCUGCAACUCUAAAAGUUAGCUAAGUGUCACUGCUGCUGUUAUGCACAUAAUUCUUGUGUUAGUAUUUAAAAAUGAGACAAAAGUCUGUUUAAAAAUGUGCAUUUCAGUGUUACUGCAAUAAAGCAUUGAUUCUUAUCUUGAGUCAGAUGAAAAACCAGCAUUUAGAAGCAGCAAGUCUUGGUAAACAGUCUUGUGGAUGUGUGCAGUUUCUCUCAUUUUCACUGUAACUUAAUACGUUCAUAUGUAGCUAUUCAUAUUAGGUCUUAAUUAUAUUUUUAAUUUGUUUCCUGUUAAACAAUUUGUUACUGUGACAAAAUAGUUGUUUCAAAAGUAGAUACAUGGACUGUGCUCAGAGUCAUAGCUUUCUGAAAAAAUCAACAAUAAAUUGUGAUUUUCUUCA